UCAGCUGAGCACAAGCACUGCCAAGAGGACUUGCAGAUACACUCGCAAACUCAGGUCUAAGAGCCAUGAAGGUCCUUGCUGUGCUCGUCCUAGCCGUUUUCGGUGGCUGUCAUGCCAAUAUUUUCUAUGCUGAUGCACCCAAGCCACAGCUGGAUGUGCUGACUGAUGCCUUCUGGGACUAUGUUGCCAAGGCCACCCAGACAGCUGAUGAAACCCUCCAGAUGAUCAGGAAAUCUCAGCUCGGACAGGAUGUCAAUGCCCGUCUGACAGAGAGUGCUGAUGUGGCCAGCAAGUAUGCAGUCACCCUGCAGGAGCAGCUUCCCCCUGCAGCCCAGGACCUGAUCACCAAAGUUACCACAGAGGCCGAUGUGCUGAGAGAGCGUGUGGACCAGGAGCUGAGCACUGUCAGGGAAAAGCUGGAGCCCUACACCGAGGACAUGAAAGCCAAGAUCCAGCAGAGAGUGGAGCAGCUCAAACAGGAGCUUGCCCCCUUCGCAGAAUCCAUGGACAUUGACGCCCUGAGGACCACCCUGAUGCAGAAGAGUGAGGAGCUUAAGACCAACUUGGAGCAGAGUGUGAAGGAUCUGCAGGCUCAGUUGGGGCCUUACACCGAUGACCUGAAGCUGAAGGUGGACGAGCACCUGCAGAACUUCAAGGAGAGUGUGGCGCCCGCGACGGAGAAGGUCCAAAGUGAGCUGACUCAGAGAGCCCAGCAGGUGAAAGAACUGGCCGCCCCCUACGUUGAUGAGCUGAGGGAAAGGCUGGACCCCUAUGCCCAGGACCUUCAGGCCCAGCUCACCACCCUCUACGAGUCCUUUACCAAAGCCAACUAAGUCAACCUCCACCCCAAGUCAACCUCCACCCCAUGUUAAACAGAAAAAAGGCAUCUAAAGAACACAAUUCUCAGAUCCAAAGACCAUGUUCAUGUUUUAAUAAUAUGAACAUGUUAUUCACUAGUAUUGAAAGUUGAAAUUGUCUUAAACUAUACAUAUUUAAAGUAUUAAACGAAAAGAUAAAUUAUAAAUAUUGAGAGUUAUCUGUGACCAGACACAUGUGUUCUCUUUCUAUAUUAUGAAAAUAAAGGCAAAACAAAAACUCA